CUCUCUACUUUUCAACCCUCUUCUCUCCUCAGGCAAGCUCUCUUUCUCUCUCUAUGUCUUUCAUUAUUGAUCUCCUUCUCCUUUGGAUGAAUGUUGUUUGGUUGCAAAGAAAAUAGCUUCAGAAAUUAGCAGUCAUCCACAUCAGGAAUGUUGAACAUAAACAGCAAAAGCAAUCUAGCUGCUUAAUUGGUCUGAAGAAGAAACCAAGGAAUUCUCAGAUUGGUUUGGUUCUCCGUAAGAUGUUACAACGUUUUUGGAUCACUUUACUUGUGGUGGUUUCAUGGAACCUUGGUGUUAUAGAUGCCAGUGCUGGUGAUGCCGAUCCAAGAUAUAGGGCUUGUGUGAAAGAGUGUAAAGAAACUGGAUGUGUAGGGCAAAGAUGCUUUCCAUACUGCAAGUUCUCUUCCAAUGAUGCCCCUAUUGAUGGUCCUUGGUAUAUCCAAGAACCUCUUUAUUUGAGGUGGAAACAAUGGGAUUGCCAAAGUGAUUGUCGUUACCAUUGUAUGAUUGAUAGAGAGAAAGAAAGAGAAGCUCUUCUUGGUUCUGCUCCUCUUAAAUAUCAUGGUAAAUGGCCCUUUAAACGUGUAUAUGGGAUUCAGGAACCUGCUUCUGUUAUUUUCUCUGCGCUGAACCUUGCAAUGCAUUUUCAUGGCUGGCUAUCCUUUUUCAUUCUUUUAUACUAUAAGUUGCCUUUGAAGGAAGACAAGAGGGCAUACUACGAGUUUGCUGGUUUAUGGCACAUCUAUGGACUCUUAACAAUGAACUCCUGGUUCUGGAGUGCUGUUUUCCAUUGUCGAGAUGUGGAACUAACGGAGAAGCUAGACUACUCAUCGGCAGUGGCAUUACUUGGUUACUCCCUUAUUCUAGCCGUACUAAGAAGUUUUAACGUGAGGGAUGAGGCUGCCAGAGUCAUGGUUACCGCUCCACUGCUUGCAUUUGUAACCACCCAUAUAAUGUUUCUGAAUUUCUACAAAUUAGAUUAUGGGUGGAACAUGAUAGUCUGUGUCUUCAUGGCCGUGGCGCAACUACUGAUUUGGGCAAUUUUUGGCGGUUUGACUCGCCAUCCAUCUCGCUGGAAGUUGUGGCUGGUGGUUGUGGCUGGCGGUUUAGCAAUGCUUCUAGAAAUCUAUGAUUUUCCUCCAUAUCAAGGAUUUGUUGACGCCCAUGCGCUCUGGCAUGCCACCACUGUCCCACUAACUUACAUUUGGUGGAGUUUCGUCCGAGACGACGCUGAAUUUAGAACCACAAAUCUGCUGAAGAAGGCAAAGUAGCUUGUUUUGAACGUGGGAAUGUGUAUGAAUUUGUAAUUUUUGUGCCUCGUCUAGUUUUUUUCUUCUUCUUUUCUUUCUAGUUUAGUUGUAUCUUUGCAUUUAUUUAACCCAACCAAGAUUAAGAAAUGAAGAGGUGGUAAUGAGUCUUUGAUGGGGUACUAAUUCUUUGGUUUUGUAGGUGGAAACCAAUCUACAAUUGCUAGAAUUGUAGUUGUGGUUUCUAAAAUAUCUGAUUUUGUUAAUUUUUGUUAGUGCCUUUGUUUUGAAUUGGCAUGCCAAACAUUGAUAAGUAUGAUAAGUUGAUGGGGUUGGAAUAAAUUUUAUAUCUUUUUUCUUGUA